UCUUAGCAAAUGUUUCUGACCGGCGGUAUUUUGAGUAAGGACUCAUAGCUGUUCUGUUGCUUCGCGCUCUCCGGCAACGAUUUUACGCCGUUUAAGUUGAUUUUAACAAACCACAAUGGCUGUUCCAGGUCCAAAUAAGGACAACAUCAGGGCUGGAUGCAAGAAAUGUGGAUAUCCGGGCCAUUUGACAUUUGAGUGCCGAAAUUUUGUCAGAGUUGACCCCCAGAAGGAUAUUGUUCUGGAUGUAAGCAGCACCAGCACUGAGGAGAGCGAAGAUGACGUGCCUGCUCCACAUAGUGAGAAAAUGGGACGAGGUGGCCAACGUUGUAGAGGUGUACGUGAUGAUGACAGUGACCGAAAAGGGAGACACAAACGUAAGAGGAGCAAAGACAGAAAAUCAAGAAAGAGAUCCCCUUCAUUGUCGAGUGAUGAGGAGAAGAAAAAGAAGAAGAAGAAGAAGAAACACAGCAGAUCCAGCUCUUCAUCUGAGGAAGAUGAAAGAAAAAAGAAAAAGAAACUGAAAAGGAGUAAAAAGCACAAAAAAGAGCUUGGGAAGCAUCACAAGAAGAAACAGAAGAGGAAACCUGAGUCCUCAUCCUCCAGCUCCUCUGAAUCCUCAGACAGUGAUUGAGCAGUUGAAGGCUCAGAAUAUUUACUUCCAGGUUUUUUACUGUACUGUAUUGGUUUCAAAAAAAGCUGCAGGUGUCACAUGCCAAGACAAAUGUUUAUUGAACUCAAAUAACUGUAAAACAAGUGAACACUGCUGUUACAGGGUUCAACACAGGCACCAAACAUAUGUUCUUGUAUUCCUCUGAGACAUUAUGGUGACAUUCACAGACAUUCGCAGCUCAGCAAUUAUGUUUUCCUUUUUUUCUUUACCUCAUCAGUACAUAUGGGGUGGGACAAUAUGAAAAAUGAAAAUGUUUUCACAAUAUUUUUUUCCUAUUGACUGUCAAAUGUAGUUUGGUAAAGCUGUAUCCUGGUGAUUAGUAAAAAAAAAAAUUAGAAUAUUAACAUGAAAAAACAUUUUCAUACUCUAAGUGUACCAACUGACAUCCUGUGUAUUUUAACAAAAAUACACUUAGAUGGUGCUUUGAGAACAUUCAUUCAUUUUCCAUAGCUGCUUAAUACUUUGGUUGGUCAAGGGGGGACUGGAGCCUAUCUUGCCUAUUUCUGUUAGAUCAAUCUUCACUGUAAACCAGUGUCCAAAGGUUUCCAAUCCUGCUCUGAGAUUGUCUUAUUGCCCAACCACGAAUCAGGAUCAUUAAACUCAAUUUUGGCAGGACCUCAAUAUGUGUACCCAGGGUGAUAGCUCUAAAAACUGUGUAGAUGCUGCCCUUUUGUUUUUCUGAUUUGUCUUUUUAUAAACAAAUUUGCUUUGUUGUUUUCUAAUGGAUUUCUACACCCUUAACAAACAUUUUAAGGUCAAAUGUGGACGCAGAACAUGAUCCCUCUGCCCUAAACCUUUGUACGGCUAAGGAUAUUGGACAAGUGUCACAGUGACUGGUACCUGUGAUUCUUUCCUACCAUAAAUCUUUUGGAACCACCAGAAUGACUGUGACAGUUAAUUUAUUAGGUAGCAUCAAUUUUAUUUUAAAUUAUUAUAUGUUUCUAAUGUAUUUUUUAGCCAAAUGAUGUUGCAAAACGCCCUAAGGCACCAGAUAUCGAGGUUGUUCCUAACUUGUGAUGAUCUUGACAUAACUUUUUCUUCAGUUUUAAUUCCCCAGUAUUUCUUUAUGCGUGACUGGUUUUUUUUUAUAAUAAAGUAUGUAUAUUUGUAUUAAAUGUUAAUCUGUUUCAACUUUUAGAGCACCUCUUACAUGGUAAUGGACCAUGUUUCCUGAAGAGGGCAGCAACACACCUCAAAUGUGUAAAAACCCAAAUGAAAUGUUAUUACAGAAUAGUAGACAAAGGUUCAUAUCACAAGAAACUGGAGGAUUAAGAUAAAAAAAA